AGUUUUUUCAUAAAUGGGUCAUUGAUGACCCGAGCCAGUCCUCAUACAGCCCAUGAACCAUUUAACAUUUCUGUUUUCUACCCUAAGCUUAAACCCCCGGGCAACCGAACGGGGUUUCCUCUUAUUUUUCUGUGAAACCUGUGAGUGAUUAUCUAACCGUCUCAGCCAAAACCAUCUCCCCAGACGAAGUCGGUAUGUUCGCCACUGCAAUCAGGUACUUUGCGAAGAAAUCAAAGCCCAAGCUCAAACCAGCAGCUCUCAAAACUACUCCAGAGCAAACCCAGACCAUCACAAGAGCUAUCUUCGACAUCGUCAGGGAACACGGUCCUCUCACCAUUGGAGACACCUGGGAACGCGUCAAGGAAGUAGGUUUGACGGGACUGAACGGCAAGAGUCACAUGAAAAUAGUGUUGAGAUGGAUGAGGGAGAGACAGAAGCUUAAGCUGAUAUGCAACCAUGUUGGGUCCCAUAAGCAAUUUCUGUACACAACCUGGUUCACCAAACCUGACAUCAAGCAGCAAACACCAGCCAAUGGUCCUUCCCCACUUAAGCCCUCUCGAAAUUAAUUUGUUUGCUUUAGCUUAAAUACUUUGAUCAUAUCCUCCUCUGUUUCUGUAGCUGUGGCAUUUGAAUUGGGACAGCAAUCACAUCUUUCUUACCUUAAACGUGCAUCAUCAGAGUUACCUCUGUUUCUUCACUUACAAAAAUUGUUUCCGCUUACUGAUUAAUUUUUGGCUGGCCUAGUAUCAGAGUCUCUGUUAUUUCCCCCUAAAAAAGAAGUAAUUCUUUUUGCUGAA